AAGUUUAAAUUAAUAUCAGUUUUUGCUUAUCAGCUAUGGACUUGUAUUACACACCGGGCUCAGCGCCAUGCCGCGUGGUCCUUCUGGUCGCCGCGGCGCUGGACAUCCAGCUGAACCUUAAGGAACUUAACCUACAAGCCGGAGAACACAUGACAACAGAAUUUCUAAAGUUAAAUCCCCAACAUACGGUACCAACGCUAGUGGAUGACGGAUUUGCGCUCUGGGAGUCUCGCACGAUAGGCCGUUACCUGAUCAGAAAGUACAAUAACAAAGAGCUGUACCCUGAGGACAUUAAGAUUAGGGCACUGAUCGAUCAACGACUGGACUUCGAUUUGGGGACUCUUUAUCCAAGAUUCGGAAACUUCUUUUAUCCCCAAAUUUUUGCCGGGAAACCUGCUGACGAGAGUCUAUUCAAAAGAUUGGGGGAGUCUCUGGAUUUCUUCAAUUCGUUCCUGAAAGGCCACAAGUAUGCAGUCGGAGACACCCUCACGCUCGCGGAUCUGAGCUUGGUUGCUACUGUUUCUACGAUAGAAGCAGCGGGAGUUAGUUUACACUCGUAUCCACGAGUUGAGCGAUGGUUUGAGUUGGUGAAGUCUACCGCAUCAGGUUAUGAAGAGGCUAACGAAAAAGGCCUCAAAAAGUUUAAGACUCUAGUUGCUAACAUCAAAGCCAAAACGGAACUUUAA